AUGCGCAAUAGUGGAACCCUUCUUGAAACAGCCAAUGAAUAUGAUGAUUUUGAAGAUGAUUCAACAAAUCGACGAAUAGGGACAUCUAAAGCUUAUAAUCCUUUUAAAGUUCCUGAAACAACGGAUUAUUUUCGAAUUCGUGAUGAAGAAAAAGAAGAGAGAGAGCUUAAAAGGGCGAAAAUUUCAAUGACUCCUUUAUCGCAACGUGUAUUAGAAUCAAAAAGAGCAAACUUACGGCGGCAAUGUCAACCAAAAGUUACUAAUCCAGAUGCAGAAGAAAAAGCAUUAGCCAAGAUUAUUUUAAAUCCUCAGCGUGGAAGAACAAAAGAAGGUUUACGCGAUUUUAUAUCUCAAAAAAGGGAAAUUUUCCUUGCUCAGCUUGCAAUUGAUACAAAAAGAGAAGAACUACAGAGACUAGAGCGUCUCGAAAUAGAAGAGAAAAAGCAACUUAAAGAAAAGGAAGCAGAAAUCAACCUUUUUAGAACUCAAUUUAACAAUUUCUUAGAAAACGAUGGAAAGCAAACAAUGAUGGCUAGACAAGAAGCUGAAAAUAAAGCCAAAGAAAGAAUUGAGCUAUCUUUACAAAUAAAAACAAUAUCUGCCCAAAUUUCUGGAUUACGAAAUGAAAUUGCUCAUCAAGACGAAAGAUUGCAAGAAUGCCAAGAAUACAAACAAUUUUUAAAUAUGCUUACUCCAGAAGAAUGGAAGAAAACUCAUUCUCAGGAUGAAAUGUAUUUUCAAAAGCCAGAACAACUACUUACAAUCAUCCAAUCUCUUGAAGAACAAAAUAUGUUUCUAAUACAUCAUUGUCAAGACGCAGAAGAAGCAGUUGAAAGAUAUCGUGCAAAAUUUGCAAAAUUACUAGAUCAAAGAGAUGGUCAUAUUACUGAAAUGACGGAUAAAUUUAAUGAAGCAUCAGAAAAUCUUCGCAAACACCAAGAAAAGAACGAAUCAUAUUUUAAUAACAAAGAAUUCAAAACUGGCGCUGAGCUUUCAGAAAAAGAGGCACAAGUAUUGCAUGACAAAAUAGCCGCCUUCUAUCAAGUGCUUGGUUAUGAUUCUGGAAGUAGCACAGAUACAUCUGCAAUGCUUGUUCGUAUUGAAGAAACAUUACAGCAGCUUAUAAAAGAUUUGAAGCAUAUUCAACCAGAAAUCGUGCGUAAGAAAGCUCAAGAGAAGGAUAGUCAACGAAGAGAAAAACUGCGUCUAGAAAGACAGGCCGAAACAAAGAGAAAAGAAAACGAAAAGAGAAUGAAAACACUCAGAGAAGCAAAGCAGCCAAUUAAAUACAAAACUGGAAGACCACUUGUUCCUCGCCAUAUCCCGAAGAGAGGAAUUUCAAAGCAAGAAGCAGAAGAGAAGGCAAAGAUGAUGGAACUUGAAGAACAAAAAGAUCGCGAAUUAUUGUUUGGAGAUAUUUGGGACUAA